AUGGAGAGUAACAAAAGAUGGUCCCUCGUCGGAAAAACCGCGCUAGUAACCGGAGGUACUCGUGGAAUCGGGCGAGCAAUAGUUGAGGAGCUAGCAAGAUUCGGUGCAACAGUUCAUACUUGUUCAAGGAACCAUGAAGAGCUAAAAGCAUGCUUGGAUGAUUGGAAGUCCAAUGGUUUAAUGGUAUCUGGUUCAGUCUGUGAUGCUUCUGAUAGGGAUCAGAGGGAGAAGUUAAUUCAAGAAGUUUCCUCUACUUUUAACGGCAAGCUCAACAUCCUUAUAAACAAUGUUGGAACGAGUAUAAGGAAACCAACAGUGGAGUACACGAGUGAGGAUUAUGCAAAAAUCAUGUCGACCAACUUGGAAUCCGCUUUCCAUUUUUCCCAAAUUGCACAUCCUCUUUUAAAAGCAUCUGGGGUCGGAAGCAUUGUGUUCAUCUCCUCUGUAGCUGGUCUUGUGCGUCUUACUAGUGCAUCUAUCUAUGGUGCAACUAAAGGAGCACUUAAUCAGCUUACAAGGAAUCUAGCUUGCGAGUGGGCAGGCGACAACAUUAGAAACAACUCCGUGGCACCAUGGUACAUCAAGACCUCACUUGUGGAGCCGCUACUUGAGAAGAAAGAUUUUGUGGACGCUGUAGUUAACCGGACUCCACUUGGACGCGUUGGAGAACCAGAGGAAGUAGCGUCGCUGGUUGCUUUCCUCUGCCUUCCCGCAGCCUCUUACAUUACCGGACAGGUUGUUUCCGUUGACGGAGGAUUCACAGUCAACGGUUUCAGUUACGUUAUGUGA